GUCAGGUGAGCGGCGCCGGGGCGGAGUGGCGUGCCGGACCCGCUGGUCUUCGUCUGCCGGAGCGGCAAUGUCGUCCCAAGUGAGAGGACACCGGCCGGCCGGCGAUAACCCGUGGGUGUGCCCCAACGACCGGCAGCUGGCGCUCCGGGCCAAACUGAAGUCGGGCUGGUCGGUCAAGACCAGCAGCCUACAGCAAUACCGGAAGCCGGCACCGCUCAACGAGCGCGAGCAGCACGUCAUCGUCAACGUCAUUCAAAAGGCAGAGUCGUUCGAGAAAAAGGAACAGAUGAGGGUUGGAAAACUGGUGGAGCGGCUGGACAACAUGCGGCGACACGCCGUCGGUAAUGGCGCCAGCACCUGCGUCCUCUGCGGCGAAAAGUUCGGCCUCCUCGCCAGCUCCAAGCUCAAGUGCAAGGACUGCCAUAAGGCGGUGUGCCACAAGUGUGUGGUGGACACAUCCUCCACCGCCGGCGAGCAGUGGCUGCUCUGUAAAAUCUGCGCAGAGACCAGGGAGGUGUGGAAAAAGUCCGGCGCCUGGUUCUUCAAAGGAAUGCCUCGUUACGUGAUGCCCGACCCGAAGCGGCCGCCGCUGGCCAAUGGAGCGGGGUCGCGGCGGCGCGCCGCCUCGGCCGAGAACCCGGGCUCGCCGUCCGGCUCCACCCGCUCGGCCCGCUACAGCUGGGCCAAACACGUGCAGAACAGCGCUAACGGUGACCCCUCCAGCCCCGGCUCGGACGCACGGUCGGCGCCCCCGCUCUCUGGCCGCGCCAGUCCUGCCGUGGAGCGCCGCACCGGACCCCCGGACCGCACCACCAGCCUCGGGUCACAGCGCAGCUCCAGUCUGGGCUCGGAGCGGGGCGCCAGCGUGGAGUCGGGCCGCGGACCGAGUCUGGAGUCGGACCGCGGAGUCAGCCCGGCGCGCACCGUCGACUCCAGCUCGGAGGAUGAGGACGCGCCACGGCGGUCGGCCGUGCGCCGGGUCACCACCUACGAGCGCGUGCCGCCGCAGAUGGUCAGGUGAGCCGAGGCUCGCCGCUGUGUGUCAGAGCUCAGAGGUUCAUGCAGUAGUUGGGUGGGGUCGGCAGAGCUCGUCCUCCUGCCUGAGCUUGUUUUGUACCACGCUGGAACGUGAGCUCACUUACCACUGGCUGCCUGGCUGUCUCAGAGGACCAUCUGGCUCACCAGCUAGUCAGCUGAGCUCACUGACUAGUCUGGUGGAGUCAUUGGCCCAUCAGGCUACCUCAGGACGGUAUUGUGUUGGUGCCUUUGAGCAAAGACAGACCAGUGGACAUCAUUACAUCACCAGUGUGGUUUGACGUCACUGCUACCACUGCACCUCACAGCAUCCAGUACUGAUGUGCAUGUGUGUGCCAACUGUGCCUGUCUGCCAUGACGUAGAACCCACAGUGCCGAGAACUUCAGUAGCUGGAGCAUGCAGCCCCUCCCUGUAGAGCCCAACAGAACAGCUAGCAAUAUGCCUUGCCGUGUUUGGUAUUUGUCUUGAGUGAAAGAAGAACAUCGCUCAGACGAUAUGAACAUCACUGCGCGUACGCU